UGUUUUUUUUCCCACUGACUGACACACGGCAACUUUCGAACAGGAAACCUAUCAGACGCCUCGCCUGUCGUUUUCUCCAUAUUUGUGGGACCUUGAUUGACAGGUGCGGGCCCCCUGCUGUUGCGGUAUGGACGCCGAAGAUGCCCACUUCGGGCGGGGUGUGUUCGGGGCUCAGUGCUCUAACCCAGCCAUGAGCAUCAUCGGGGCUGAGGAUGAGGAUUUCGAGAACGAUCUGAAUGACGUGGUGGAUGACCAGUGUAAACACUUCAACAAUAUAGAGCAGUUGAAGGAUCGGCCCACCCACCUGCUGGUCUUCAUGCAACAUGUCAUUCUACAGUUUGACCCUGCUCCAAUGCUGUGUUACCUCCAUGCUGACCUCUUCAAGAACCUCAGUGCCAAAGAGACCAAGAAGCAGUUUGUGGAGUUCUACAACAGCUUCUUGGAUAAGGGUGCUACUCUCAAAGUGACAGUACCACCUAAUGUAGCUUCUGAAUUGGACCGGACUCGUCCAGAUCUGCUCACCGAUGACGUCCAACGGCGCUAUGCCCAGGAGGUCCAGAGUACACUGGCUGCCGAAGUGGCGAAACAGCUGGAAGACUUCAGGCAGAAGAGAAUGAUGGGCAUGACCCCCAACGAGGCUGAGCUGAACGACGUGGAUAGCCACUAUCCCACUGACCGCAUCCCUAGGGAGAUGAAGGAGAAGUCUGUAGCCGAGACCCUGCUGGACAAGAUGUCUGAGACACAACUUACAAUUGUCCCGGACGAGGACAAAUGCCAAUCCAUCUUUUCAGCGGUGGUCUUCUACAUGAAGCACCUUGGGGUUAAAACCAGGGCAGUUGACAGUAAGAAGUCCAGAGGAGGCUUCUUCAGGAGACAGCUGGUAAAGAAUAAGAAGGAUGAAUCCACAAAGACCAAGCCCAGGGGGGGCUUUCCCGGCAUCCCCAGCUGGAUUGGCGGCAACCCUGAGGUCAAACCUAAAACGGAAACUGAAGCGGAUAAGGAGAAAGUAGGUCAGGAGCGUAAGGGUCCAGCUCCCGGCAGAGGCUCCUUGACCGACCCUGCGGCCCCUUCUGUCGGCAGCAGGAAGUCAGGUUCCAGUGGAGGUCCCGCCUCCCUGCCUGGGUUAGAGGUCAGCGAUGGCUCAGGCAACAACAUCAACAUUACCAACAACCCAGAGUCUUCACACACCGAUGGCCUCUCAAGCAAUCGCUUAGAGCACCCAACCUCAUCAGACCGGGGUGAGGUGUCUCCUGUUGGGCUGGUAGGUGGGUUGAUCGCUGGGGAGUCCGUCUUUCCCAGCGACACUCCCACAGAGGAGAAUCUGGAGAAAGACAGACGGAAGACAAGUAGGAAAGUGGCACGUAGUGAGAGUGCUCGCGUGGACAGGCACUCCUCUCGGCGCCGCGGCUCUACCCGGGUCAAACAGUCCCGUUCCCGUAGUGAUGUGGAUCUCCAGCAGCCGAUUUCUUCCACGACAACAUCACCUGCCCCCCUCACUCCCCAGCACCUCCAUCCUAUUGAAGGGCCAAGUUUAGUUUUUGAGGGGCCUGGCCCCUCCCCCACCAGUCCCUCCCCACAGCUGGAGGAGAUGGACCCGCGCUUCCAAGAGUUGGAGCAGGACCCGCCCAAUUGGAGGGAGCUGGCCCCCUCUGAAGUCCUGUCCAGCCUCAGCAAGAAGGAGACCAAGAGGCAGGAGGUCAUCAAUGAGUUGUUUGCUACAGAGCAUGCUCAUGUGCGGAUGCUAAGUGUCCUUCAGACGGUCUUCUCCAAGCCGUUGGAGAGGGACGAACUCCUGACCUCCACUGAGCUGGCCGCCAUUUUCCCUAACCUGGAAGAGAUCAUUGAAAUGCACUAUACCUUCUAUGAGAACCUGAAGAAACUGCGUUUGGAAGAUGGCUUUAUAGUCAAAUCCAUCAGCACCACAGUACUCAACAGAUUUGGUGGUCAUGAGGGGGAAUGGUUCCAAAAACUGACAGCUCGAUUCUGCAGUCACCAGUCGUGGGCCCUGGACCAGAUCAAGAGCAGGCAGAGGAAAGAGCCACGCUUCAACUCUUUCAUACUGGAGGCAGAGAGUAAGCCCCAAUGCCGCAGGCUGCAGCUCAAGGACAUCAUUCCCAUAGAGAUGCAGAGACUGACCAAGUACCCGCUGCUGCUGGAGAAUAUUGCGAAGAACACAGAGGACCCGACAGAGAAGGAGGACAUCCAGCAGAGCGCAGAAUGCUGCAGAAAGAUCCUCAACCAUGUCAAUGAGGAGGUCAAAGUGAUGGAGAACCUAUUGACUCUGAAGGACUACCAGCGCAGACUGGACACAUCAGGGCUCAAACCAAGCAAUGAGCUUUAUACUGAAUAUAAGAACAUUGACCUGACUCAGAAGAAGAUGCUUUAUGAAGGCCCUCUGACUUGGAGAGUCACCAAGGAGAAGGCAAUUGAGGUGCAGUGUGUGUUGCUUGGGGACCUGCUGGUGCUCCUGCAGAAGCAGGAUGACAAGAUGGUCCUCAAAUGUCAGAGCAAAAGUAACAUUGCCGUGCAGGAAGGCAAGCAAAUGCUGAGCCCCAUUAUCAAGCUGGACUCGGUUUUCCUUCGUGAGGUGGCCACAGAUCGAAAGGCCUUUUAUGUUAUAUUUACUUGGGACAGCGGUGCUCAGAUCUAUGAACUGGUGGCUCAGUCUCUUGGAGAGAGGAAAACCUGGACUGAAGUGAUAAAGUCAGCAGUGGAUGAUCUGAAGAAGAGUGGAGCACCCAUGAAGUUGCCACUGCCUCCUGGAGCUGGAGGAGCCCCGUUCAGUCCAACGCUGACUGCCCCUCUGAGCCCGACUGAGAAUGGAGGUUUGAAAAGCAGCAGUGAUCGAGAUAAGGACAGCUUGACGGAUGAGAAGUCGACAGACCCCAGGCACACGCUGAUUGAUUUCCUGUCAGAUAAAGGCUUUGACUUGAUAGGCCACUCCAACAGCGAUCAGGAGAAGGUGGCCAAUAAUGCUUUGGAUGAAGUCAUGUCGCUAAAAAGGCUGUUGGUCGGAAGCAUCAGUCUAUCAGAAGACUCACAACCUGAUGAAGAAAACGGAGAGGAGCAAUCAGAGAGGCCCAGUCUAGACACGGAUAGCUGUCAGUCAACAGAACACAGUCAGACAACAGACAGAGGAGCGGAGGAGGAGAAUGAGAACUCUUGUGAAAAAGAAGGUGCAGGGACGAAGGGAGAGGAAGAGAAGAGCAUCAGUGCACCCCUGGUGUUGUCCCAGGAGAGGAUGGAGGAAGUAUGCAGGAGGCUUCACAGUCUGGAGGAACAACUAAAAAGACUACAGACCGUAGAAGAGGAGCACCACAGGCUACAGGAGGCCCUUUCCAAGUUCUCACUGGAGGGGGGUAACUUCCAGUAAGACACCAUCACGCCACCUGCUGGUCACUAUAGAUUCUUACUUGUGGCGGUUUGGAGUGCAAGAGUGACUUUCAGAGGUUUUCCUGGAAAUACCUAAACCCUCAUAAGUCAUGCCUGGGACCCUUGCUGCAUUAUUCGUGUCACAGCUUUUUGCAGCCAUGCGGGAAAAUGUUCUGCCUGACGGAGGGGGGAGGGAGGGCUUUGUGGACAGUGCAGUGGUUCAGUGAUGGAACAUGGGAGGUGUGUGCAUGUGUAUGUGUGUCUGUUUGCGUGCAUGCUUGUUAGAGAGGUAUACAAAGAAAAGAAAAAAAAAAAAAACGAGACAUCCUACUUUUGAGUGGGAUGUUGUUUUUGCAAAGAAAGAUGCCCAAAAAAAAAAAAAGAAGCAAUAUUUUUGCCGUGAGAGAGAUGCUGCCUAACAAAAUGUAGUGAUUACGAUCUGCUGUAACACACAUACGCACACCAGAGACAUGCACGCUAGGAAAUAAUUUACAUUAUUGCAAAUAGCAGAUGUAUAGUAAAGGAGGAAUCUUAUGUUUGCCUGCCAAGUUAGCUGUACCAGACAGAAGCCUCAAGAGGCCAAUGUAGCUGUACCAAUGUGUUUUGAAGAUGUAUUGAAAUACUACUGCUGAUAUACUGUAUAGUGUUAUUUCUAGUCUAUGCCAAAGUACAACAGAGAUGCACUUUUUUUCUGAUCUAAAAACUAGUUCAAAACACACUCAGUAUAUUGCAAAAUUUAUUACUUUUACACUAUAUUCAGUAUAGUUUUUGAACAGUUUAUAUAGGCGGCCUUCAUUUUGGAAACUGCAUGCAUUAAAGUGUGUGUAUGUGUGUUACAAAGUUUUUAAUUAAGAACAUAUUUGUUUGGAGGGUUCUUACUGUAAUUACGUCACAUAGAAACAUUUAUAAAUAGUGGCACUAUAGCUAAUCAUGCUGUUAAUAAUGGAGACUUGUUUGUAUUUACUGCUUUUAUUUAUUCCUCUGAGUCCUGUUAGGUCAGUGAGUUGUCAAAGACAAAAAGAUAGAGCAAUGUGUGAGAGAUGGAUGAGACAAAAAAAAGGCAAACUUAAGAAUGUGUAAUAGAGAUCAAAGUAGUGAGUGAAGAAGAGUGAUGUAAGGACGGGGAGUGAGUUUAGAGGUUGUUGUUUAUUUGAAGCCAGCGUGAACCAGACGGUCGUGAGAAUGUGUGUGGAAAAACAAGAGAUUAGGAUUUGUGUUGUCUGUACUGAAGAAGGAAAAAAAAAAAGCAGAAUUUGAGUAGGUCAGUGUACACAGACACACAGAGAUGAUGCACACACACACACACAUACACCUACAACCACUGAGGGCCAAGUGCUACAGAAGUGUUCACAAAGGUCAGUCAGUGCCAGCAUCAUUUCUGCUAGCAUGUUCGAUUGAAAUUUUUUUGCCGUGUCAGCUUCACCUAGUAAAGUUUUACAGCUCCUGAUCCAAAACAUGGACUUAAGUUGGGUUUAUAAAUUGUAUAUGACAUUAGAUACACGUUAUUAGAAAAAGAUUCUAUUCUUCCUUCGUAGCAGUAUUUGUAUCAAAAUUGAGCUGUCUUUGUAUUUUAUUCAGCAGUUGAUUGUAAUUAUAAUUAUGAUGAUAUAAUUUCUGAGUAGUGGCAUAACUGUGGCCGUGCACACAGGACCAAAGACGUAACAAAGCACCGUUAGAUCCUCAUUAGAGCUGUAAUAUUCUUCAUGACAUGCCUCUCCUGUAUAGAUGAUCACCUAUGCAGCCUGCAGCUGGCUGCUUUUCCUCUCUCCAAACUCCCAACGUGCCAGUGAAGUUAAGUGAAGGGAUUUCAAAAUCACAUAGAAGAAUGAGGCAUCAGUUGUCAUAAAUAAACUGGUUUUGAUUCUCUGAUGAAUGUAAAAGUGAAUAACAAGAUGAAGAAUGUUGGAUUGCCCUAGCCUUAUUAUGACCAAACUUGCAUACACUUAAGGGGUGAAAGGAAUGUUUUCAUUAGCAAAAAUUAUUGAAAAAGUUGUCUUCAGUACCUGUUUGGGUCUGUGUGAGUAAAAGCCAGUGUGACUGCCACAAACUCUGCUGUUCUGAUCUGCAAAGAGGACUAGAGACCAAGCACUGUUAACCCCUCUGGUACAAAAUUGAACACAUGGGACCUGUUAAAGAAGCAGACAAGGACAAUGAAGCCUGAUAAAGAUACAAAAGAAACAUCGAAGGCUCGGAAUAAGGAAAGCUGCAGGCUUAUUCUGACGUCGCUCUUACCAGUACUGUAAUUAUGAUCACUUCCUGAUAUGCAUUCUCAUUGUUGUUGCCACAACAACAAAAGCCCACUAUGACCCUACUGAACCUCAGUAUGAAAUUAUGCAAAUCAUGGUGCCAUUAGUCAUUUGUCACAAGUUGCUAAAUAAGUACAUGUUUGAACAUUACUGCCAUCUUAUGAUGCGUCUUCCUCUUAGAAACUGUACAUAAACGUUUGCUUGAAGGAAAAAAAUGUUUAAAAAAAAACUAUAAAAUAAUCUCCCCCUCCCUCCCCCUUUGUGUUUUUAAAGCUUAUUAGCUACAUACACCUCUCGAUAACACCCUAACCUCUUGUAAUAGCAUGAUCACCUCUCCUACCGCACAGCUUUACCAUAUGUUGUGUAUUUCAUUUGAUUUACUUUAACGGGUCGGGGAGGUUUUUGUUACUGCUUUUUGUUUCGUUUUUUUGGUCAAUGUUUAUCAAAGAAGCUUUUGUAAUUAUGUACUAUGCAUUUGGCUGUAACGGUGAGAGAGACAGGUCUGUAACUUGUCUACGCAUGAGUGAACUGAACAAUUAUGCAAAUAUUGUAUCCAUGACGUUGUCUUUGGGGGGUUCAUACCCUCUCUCUCUGUGCUGUGACUCUCCAGCUCACCAAUGGGAAACAUUUAAAGAUAUCAUCUCAUCCAGGGAUUUUUUUUUUUUAACUAUUAAAGUGCAGCAGGUGAAUCCCAGUUGACACCAGCUUACCGCGAUACCAGUGAUACUUUGCAGCGACUACCACAGGCACUUACCGCUCUCUCUCGUCCAGAUGCUUUCCCUCAUGUAUGCUAUAUACAAAUACUGAGAUGUAUAGAAAAUGUAUUUAUAGAUCGGUGCCUUGCUUUGACAAUCAUGUUGUUUUCUUCAUAAAGGGCUCUUAAGUCUACAAACACAAUCAGUUGUUUUGGUUGGGCUGUCUUUCACGGAGGACGGCGAAAUUGACCUCAGAGAGUAAGAGACAAUGACCAAAUGACUAAUAAGAAUUGCAACAUCAUGCCAGGAAUUUAGGUUUUUAUGUCCAUCUCCUUUACAGCAAUAAGAUUUGAGCCCUCCACCAACUCUGCCAGCCAGUCAGUGCCCUGUAUAAAAAAGACACUGCUCCUUGUCAUACAGACAUCUGCUAUCUUGUCUAUCUAUAAACAAUGAAUAUACAAGAACUAUACUGUGUAUUUGGGUUUUGAUUUUAUUGUGUAAGAGGCUCUUACAAUGAUGUAUACUUAAGGAAAAUUGUGGUACGUUCUGUUUUUUAAUCUUCAUUUUUUAAAUAAAUUGGGGAAAUAAAUA